AAUAUAUAAACAAACUUUCUCUGUAACUGUAUGAGCUAUAGAAAAUAUGUAUAAUAUACACUGUUUUUGUUGUUAUUUUUCUUUCUGAACCAUUUGAGAGGAAGUGGGCAGAAAUCAUGACCCUAAAUCUUUCAGUGUGUGUUGGUCUUGAGCCCAAAGUCCUUUCACAAAGCCAAGCACAGUAUCGCUCAGGACACUUGACAUUGUUACGACAUUACCACGUGGCCAGUCCUCAGUCAUUUUUGCCAGUGACCUAAAUACCAUGUUUCAUAGGAGCUGUUUCAGUUUCAGGAUCCAGUUAAGGGGAACACAUGGCAUUUAGUGGUUACAGUAGCUAUAGAUACUUGCAUAGCAAGUGGCCCCUGAGAUUGGUGCUCUCAGCCUCUGGGAUCAGCAGUCCUGACCCAGUCACCAGUUCUGUAGCUCAGAGUCCCGCUUGAGGCUCCCCUGGGAUUGCGGGCAGGGAUCAUCCAGGUACUGCACAUGGCUGGACGUGGGGCCUCCAUUCCUUCCUGGCUGUUGGCCAAAAGGCCUCCCCAGUUCCUUGGACAUCAGCCCUUCCACAGGGGGGCUCGCAAUUUGCCCACAGGGUUCAUCAGAGCAAGCGAACUACAAAGAGUUGGAGAGGAUUCCAGCAAGACAGAAGUCUCCGUCUUCUGUUGCCUCAUCUCAGAAUGACAGCCGGUCACGGAAAUCUGCUGUCUGUCUCAGUCUCUUCUCAUCUGGACUGGUUUCUAGGCCUGGUUUUGUCUUUCCUGGCUCUGGCGAUGCAAAGCUACAGACCGGUUGUCCUGCAAGUGUCCCUCAGCUUGAAUCAUCCACUGUCUCCUACCGCCAGGUUCGGAGGGUGUUUUGGGGACAGGCGUCUUCGUGCUCAAGGUGGUGACCUCAGUGCAUGCCAUCUGGGGGGCCGUGUCCCAUUGCCGGUGACAUCCACGUGGACAGCUGGGUGCCAUGGUGCUCUGCAGUUCUGCCUCUGUGCUGGAAAGUUCUUUCCAUUUUUCAAACAGGAUAAAAAUAUACGACCAUUUCUUUUGGCUUAGCAAAUAUGGCAACAAGCUGGGUCUGAAGACUAUUUCAGGAUGAAAAUUUCCAGGGUCCUGGCUUAGACCUUUACCCUCCGCCUCUGGUUGUACACACAAUGCCCUCCUUGGGGCCCUGCCCUGCCUGUCCCACAGCCCCAGCCUGGAAUGCAGCCUCCACCUCUGCCCCCUUUGCCACCGGCAGACCCGCAGCUCCUGGGAAGACCCGGGCAGCUAGUUCUGUCUGGUGUGCCCCUGCCGUCUCCUUUCUGGUCCCAACUGCUGAGAAUGACAGAGGGGGCCAAGUACAGAUGUCCGGGCUUCCCUUUCUUUUUUAUUUUCCUACUUCUUCUUUACAGGAAAUAAGCCCUAUGCAGCCCUAUCUUAUUAUGCAGCACUGUCUUAGUGGCCUGAAUUAGCUCAGCAUGAUGUGUAUAGGAAGUCCCCGGAGGAAAGUCCUGCCAGCUGGGAUCAAAGAUACUCUGGGACCUGACAUUCGGUAGGCUUCCAAGGGCCGGGGAGUUCCUGCUCUGGUUCUGAGCCCUUCACAGCGCUCAUUGGAACCCUCACCCUCAGAAGGGGCUUUGGCCCAGCUGGCUACCGUCCCAAGGCCAGGAGGUGACAGGGGUUCCCACUCGCCGGGCAGCCCCAAACAGAGGUGCCGGCCGUACCAUAGGGUCUGAAGACAGCGCCAAGCAGUUUGGGCUUCAGCGGCCCGGAUCUCGCAUUCAGGGAGACCUGAACUGGCUGCCAGCACGGCCUUGGUAGGUGACCUGUGGCUGGCCAAGGAGAGGUGCUGCGGUCCCUGGAAACCUGGGGAGCCAUUUCUCAGCUCCCCUACCCCAGGAGGGCGGGAAGAUCCUCCCCGGGGCGGGGCGGCUGAGAACCCACACGGCCGGGGUCUUACUGUGGCGUGGGGACCUCCUGGGGGGCCCUGCGCACAGCAGUUCCCCGCACCUUCCUACCCGGGCCGGGCUCCUCCCAGCCCCCCAGGAGGGGUGCGGGUCGGGAACAAAGGCCCGCGGAGGCUCCCCCGGAGCGCGGCCCCCGGGGCGGAGCGGUCCCCCUCCCCCUCGCUCCUCCGCUUCGUCCCCGAGGUGCGCGUGGCGUUUCGGCCGGGGCAUCGCCAACUUCGCUGAGGGCGCCCAAGUUGCCGAGCGUGCAGGGGUGGGAGCUGGGUGGGGUGAGGCGGGGAGGAGAAGCAGGAGAAGGGGGGCUCCCAGGCGCCUUGGACGCGGUUCAGGAAUCCGCCGUCCCGCGGGCCGCUCGCCGGCUCGUCCACCGCGGGGAGGGCGCCGGCGAGGACCGAUCGCCGAGCCGCGCAGGACGCCAGCGCGCGCAGCCCGGCUCGGAGCCCGAGUCGCGAGCGGAUGCGGCCCGCGCUGGACGCCGGCGGAGGAGAGCGGAUCCGCCCGGGUCGGAGGAGGCUCGGCGGUCGAGGACGAGGGUGACCCCACCCGAAGAAGACGGGCUGGGGCCUGACGCUCCCGAGCUGAGUGCCCACCGCAGCCGGGAAGCCCUACCGCCCCAGGCCCAUGGAGAAAAGACUCACUGUAGCCCAGGACUGCCGGGACUUUGUGCACAGCCUGAGGAUGAGGAGCAGAUACGCGCUUUUCCUGGCCUUCGUGGUCGUAGUUUUCGUCUUCAUUGAAAAGGAGAAUAAAAUCAUAUCGAGGGUCUCACACAGACUGAAGCAGAUCCCCCAGUCCCUGGCCGAUGCAAAUGGCACCGACCCAGCCCUGAUCCUGGCUGAGAACGCGUCCCUCCUGUCCCUGAGCGAGCUCGAUGCCGCCUUCUCCGAGCUUCAAAGCCGCCUGCACAACCUCAGCCUGCAGCUGGGGGUGGAGCCAGCAUCGGAGGCCGAGGGAGCGGGGCGGGAGCAGGAGGCGGAGGCGGAGACGGAGACGGAGAAGCCAUCCCGGCCCUCCUCGGCGCCCCGCCGGCAGCGGCGCCACGUGCUGCUCAUGGCCACCACCCGCACGGGCUCCUCCUUCGUGGGCGAGUUCUUCAACCAGCAGGGGAACAUCUUCUACCUCUUCGAGCCGCUGUGGCACAUCGAGCGCACAGUGUCCUUUGAGCAGCGCGGCGCCAGCGCGGCGGGCUCGGCCCUCGUGUACCGGGACGUGCUGCAGCAGCUGUUUCUGUGCGACCUGUACGUGCUCGAGCCCUUCAUCAGCCCGGUGCCCGAGGCCCACCUGACCCAGUUCAUGUUCCGCCGGGGCUCCAGCCGCUCGCUGUGCGAGGACCCGGUGUGCACGCCCUUUGUCAAGAAGGUCUUCGAGAAGUACCACUGCAAGGACCGCCGCUGCGGGCCCCUCAACGUGACGCUGGCCGCUGAGGCCUGUCGCCGCAAGGACCACAUGGCCCUGAAGGCCGUGCGCAUCCGGCAGCUGGAAUUCCUGCAGCCUCUGGCCGAGGACCCCCGGCUGGACCUGCGUGUCAUCCAGCUGGUGCGCGACCCCCGCGCUGUGCUGGCCUCGCGCAUGGUGGCCUUCGCCGGCAAGUACGAGACCUGGAAGAAGUGGCUGGCCGAGGGGCAGGACCAGCUGCGGGAGGAGGAAGUGCAGCGGCUGCGGGGCAACUGCGAGAGCAUCCGCCUGUCGGCGGAGCUAGGCCUGCGCCAGCCCACCUGGCUGCGCGGCCGCUACAUGCUGGUGCGCUACGAGGACGUGGCACGCAGGCCGCUGCAGAAGGCGCGGGAAAUGUACCGCUUCGCCGGCAUCCCGCUGACCCCGCAGGUGGAGGACUGGAUCCAGAAGAACACGCAGGCAGCCCUGGACAGCAGCGGCAUCUACUCCACACAGAAGAACUCGUCGGAGCAGUUCGAGAAGUGGCGCUUCAGCAUGCCCUUCAAGCUGGCCCAGGUGGUGCAGGCCGCCUGUGCGCCCACCAUGCGCCUGUUCGGCUACAAGCUGGCCAAGGACGCUGCCUCCCUCACCAACCGCUCCAUCAGCCUGCUGGAGGAGCGGGGCACCUUCUGGGUCACGUAGGGCGCCUGGGCCCCUGUGUGCCCCUCCUCAUGAAAGGCUCGCCCUGCCUUCCUUGCACCACGGCCAGGGGGAGACGCAGCCCUGGCAGAGGGCAGUGGCUGGUAGCUGCCCCAAGAGCAGGCAGCCAGCUCCUCCUGCAGCUGUAGGCUUCCAGCUACCAGCUUCUCAUGCAGCACGGGCCCUGGGGUUUCUUGCUGAAUGGGGCCCCGGUGCCCUUGAGGGCCACCCAGAUCUAAGGGGCGCCGGUCCGAAGCGGGACCAGACAGGCUCUGGCCCAUUAACAAGCCUCAUCUUGUCCCUCUCUCUCUCUCUCUCUCUCUCUCUCUCUCUCUCUCUCUCUCUCUCACACACACACACACACACACACACUAAUGCCUAGAGGCUCUGCCGGCUGGAGUCCAAAACACUUAACAACCAGAAGGGGCCUAGGCCCUGACCAGCCACUCAGAUCUCCCGCUGUACUCAGUGUUAACCUUUUCCUUCCAGACUGUGGAGACGCCAGAACCUGGGUAGCUGUUUGGGGACAGAACAGGACAGCCCAGGUUGGGGAGGGAGACAUUUAAAUCUCACCCAGUGACAGUGGUUCUUUACCAACCACUACAAAUUGAUUUGCUAGUUUAAUAAAUGGGAUAGCAGUGCUGGUUACCAAUGAACACCAGCCCAGUACACAGCUACAGGACACACGUGAACAUAAAAACACACAUACACACCACAUGCAGACGGAAGAGUGCCAUGAAAACACGAGUCCAUGUACGUGUAUGUACAGAGAAGCCCCUGUCAUGCUCACGGGGUUUUUCUGCAUCACACAUCUAACAAGGAGUCUUUAAUUACAUUUUUAGGAUUAACUGGAGGGGUAGGAAAAGGAAACAUUCCCUGGCUAGCGUUGGGACUGAAUGGUGGAUGAAAAACUGCCCAGCCUGCACCCCUUGCCCAUCCGGUAUUCUCAGGGCUACCUCCUCUGACCCUUCCACAUCUCUGGGCUGGCAGGUCGGAUGUUCCCGCCUCAUGUGAGGGCCUGGCCAGCUCCCCUGGAGCUUGUCCGUACUUGAAAGCUGCCUUGGGCCUGACUGGCGGAGGUAGCUUGUUCCCUGGAGGCAAAAGACAGCUCAUGGGUCGGGCCUUUUCCAGGCAGGCCUCAUCCGGGACCAGGCUAAGAGGUUCAAAGUGCUCUGGGGACAUGAGUCACAUCAGGAUGCGCCCCCCGCCCCCCGAGAAGCCUGCCUUCUCCCUGGGGGUGGCCAGGGGUCAGCCAGUUGGUCCCCACGGUUAUGCCGACGUGCAGAAGGAUUCUGGGAAGAGCACAGUAUUGCUCAGUUCAGGAUGAGCUGGGUGUUUUACGUGGGGUUUUAAAGUUAUUUAUAGCUAGGUGUCUUUCUUGUUUGCUGGCUGUUUUCCCUUUUGUUUCUGCGGGAGCGCUCUGAGCCUGAGGUCCUGGGGGACCUGGGGAAACCAGCAGGGAGCAGGGGACAGGGACAGGAAGGAGUCUUCCCCAGGAGGACCUGAGCCUAGGUGGCCACAUGGCAACCCCGGCUCCCACAGGCCUGGGAGCCCCACAUGGAGCCGGUCUCAGAAAGCACCAGCCUUCCUGCAGUGUCCCUCGCCCCUCGGGAUGGGACAGGCCCUGCCAGGCCCUGCACGUUUCCUCAUAACCAAGCAGCAAGUGUCCCCAAUUGCUGUCAUGAUGAGCAAGCACUUGGGGCCCAAAGGGUCACCAGCUCUGGAAACUUGACCCCAGGGACAAGUGGGCCAGGACGUUUCUGACAGGCCCAGCACCUACCCGUCUCUCCCUUGUCCCCCCAUGGGGGCGGAAGAGACAGGGCAGGGCACAGCCUCCUCUCUUCCUGGGGGCCCCCUUGGUUGGAGAGCAAACAGCUUUCUUCCCGCCCCGGGCCCAGUCUGCCUCAGCCCUCAGGACAGCACUGAGAACAGACCCCUGGGACUUCCCAGAACUGCAAGUGACUAUUUAUUUAGUGAAGACAUAGAUGAUGUCAUUCGAAGGAACUCAAAGCUGUACCCAAAUUAAGAGAGAAGUCAUCCUAGAAACCAUUCACACCCGUGCUCACAAGGACACCCAGAGGCGGCUCCGGGCACGCCCGCCCUGGGGUGUGGUCUAAGGUCCCCUUGAUUUCUUCUGUAGAUCUGAAGACAUGACACGGAGGACCCUUGCUGCCAUAUUGCCUUCCCCGGGUGUCUGAGUGAGGACAACCCAAGCAGGCGGGCAUGACCUUGAAAUAUCCCCCUGGGGCUCAGCUGGGGUUUGGCAAGGGCAGUGUAGGGGUAACAACUGGCUUUGCACUCCACAGGUGAGGUUGUAGUCAUGAACUUGGGGCUUCCGCAAGGAGCUGAAGGGAGGGAGAAGGUGGUCUGGGUGGUGUCGUGCCCGGCACGGUGGCCGCCUGUCCCGCAUCGCUGCUGCCUUUGAUGCUGGCAGGCACCAGGAGGCUAUAGGGCCCCUGUCCCCACCAAUAGACCUGGCCAGGUGGGAGGGUGGAGGUGAGGGGUGAGGUGGUCUGGUCCGAACCCUAAAAGCCUCUGCCAGCCCAGAGCCCAUUGUCACUGACUAGAGGGCCUAUUCCUUGAGAACUGGACUUUGAAGCAGCACAAGAGCAGGUGGUGUGUCCCCAGGGCGGUCCCUCCCCACCCCGGCCAUGAGGCCAAAAGUGGGUCCAGGUCUCAAAGGGAUGGCGCCACGGCAGGGAGCGAAGGGGCUGUGAGACAGCCGUUGCUCUGCACAAACUGAGGGAAGGAACAUGCGCUGAAGUCGGCCCCAAGUUGGUGGCUUUGUUUGUAAAGAUCCCUAGGACACCGUCCAGCCAGAUGGUAGGGAGAAGGCACGCCCCCUGCCAACUGCCCACAGUAUCAGCUAGGGGAUGCUACUCUUUAUCUCAAGAGCACGAAGCAGAAUUGGCAGUGUAAGAGCUUCCAGACUUCGACCCUGUGUCCUUGGGGCCCUGUAACUGCAGGGUGGGGGCACAAAUUCGCGAUGCGUUUUCGAGGGUACAGACCUGGUGCCACCCUCGCGGCAUGGCUCAUGUUGUAGCUGGAUGCUUAGUGGGGCCGGGAUGACCCGGGCAGUCUGCUUCCUCCAGCUUGGCCUUGGCCUGGGCACCCCAAGGGGUGUCCAUCUCUUCUGUGUAUUCCAGGCCCGGUGUGCCUGGCUCUCCUGCUCCCUCCUGGGUCCUACAAACCCUGGGCUCUGGGCCGUGUUUUAAAAGUGGCCACAUGAUCCUCUCUGUGGCAUCCAUGGCCGUGCCAUGUACAUAUGUGUCUACAUGUGUGUAUGCAUAACUCAUUCUACUCUGCCUCUGGCACCACCCCACAUGGCUCCCACCCCUUUUGUCCCCAGAUGUCCUUGCCAGUGGCCACGACCUGCAGUCUCUGGGCAACACCAGGGCUGCCCUUCCAAGAGAGCUGGCUGCCAGCGGCACUCAGGGUCUGCUUUGCAGAAUAGAAUGUGAACUCAUCGCCUAAUGGCUUACUUGACUUAUUUAAUUAAAAAUAAAAACAUGCAAUGAGCAAACUC